UGCUUGCCCUGUCUACGCGUAAUCCCUGCCACUUUGUCUCGCUAUCUCCGUCAAACGACCAGCCUCACCAGCACUUGCGCUGCCGCCGCGGCGUCUUCCGUCUCAGUCGCUGACGACGCCAGCGAGACGAAAGAACGAAGUAGCUAUCUUCGUGAAAUCUCAAGUUUUGAGUUCGGCAGUGCCUCCCUCUCGAAGUCGUCGGCUUCCAGCAUUUCCUCUUGCACACCUCCACAGUCCAAUGUUGCCUCACUUCAACUGUCCACCUUCUCCUCGCAGUCGUCAUCUCCUUUAACGGCAACGGCCCCACCUCCAGUUAAAACGGAUGCUAUCUUUACUGUCCCGGCCGUCAAGGAGCGGCCAGCCGGGCCUCGACGGGGGGAAGCCACUUUGGGAUCUGGACUCAUCUCAGGCCAUACAGUCACGUCUACCUCCACCACGACAUCCACUGCUUCCACCAAUAACCUCGGCCUCCUCUUCAAUCAACCCGAGCUCCAACUGGUCUACAGUUUGGCCACUUUGCAGCGCUUUAUGAUGUCUCCUUUCGUGGAUCAACUAAACUCUCCGUUGGACAGGGAGCCUCAAUCUAUGAACAUUUUCGAUUGA